AUGACGACUACGAGGACUCCCAAAGGAUGUAGUAACAAUCGAGUAAACGUAUGUCCCAUACGAAGAUCGUACGUAUCCAAGAACUACGGGCCAAGCAUUACCGACAUUAUGGCCCAGCCAACUAAAAGCCGCAUAUUCAUGACCGGUGCCAGUGGGUAUCUCGGCAGCGUCAUCACAGAACAUGCCAUCGCCCAUGGAUACGAGGUUCACGGUCUUUCUCGCAUAGAGGCCAGCGACGAAAAGCUGAGAAGUCUCGGGGCUGUACCAGUUCGCGGUGACCUCCAGGCUCUCGACGUACUGCGCCACGAAAGUGCCAAUGCCGAGAUCAUCAUCCACCUCGCCGAUGUCAUGACGAGAAACCCGGACUACCAUGCAGGCCUGCGUAUCGAUGCUGCUGCAGUCGAUGCAAUCUGUGAAACUAUACAAGGAACCGAUAAACCUCUGCUGGUCACUUCAGGGUCACUAGUGGUUGAAGCCGACCCCAACGGUGAGGAGACUACUGAAACAUCGCCGUUACAGAAAAAACCAGUAAAUGACCGAUUCAAGGCCGAAGAUCAUGCUAUCAACUGGGCUAGAGAGAAGGGUGUUCGCGUGAUUGCAAUUCGCCUGGCCCCAUACGUCUACGGACGCGGAGGAAGUGGUAUACGGCUAUUCAUGCAGAUGCAUGCCCGCAACGGGGAAGUGACAUGUGUCGAGGACGGCAGUACAAGAACAUCGACUGUGCACGUCGAUGAUGCGGCAAGGAUGUACAUUCUGGCAGCUGAAAAGGCAAGUGCCGGAGAAGUAUACAAUUGUACCUCGUCCACGGAUGUUACAGCGUUGCAACUUGCAGAGGCAAUGGGCUCGAUUCUGGCGUUGCCUGUAAAGUUCUUCAAAUUCGAUGAAGCGGUAGCAAAGUUUGGUCCUUUCUUCAGUAAAUUCCUUUGCGCAGUGAAUCGUGCUUCCAGCGCUAAAGCAUUUCAGAGAUUGGGAUGGCAGCCCCGUGAGCCGGGGAUCAUUGACGACAUCAAAAGUGGUUCAUACUUGGCUGUGACUGAGAAGUUGCGUGGAAAACAAGUGUCUAAUACUUGAUACAAGUCUCGAUUUCUGUUCGAUGUACAGAGUACGUAGUAAAUAAUAGUGUGGAGUUCAACU